AGAAAGGUUGUCUGAGGAUGUUUGUGUUGCUUAAACAUCAGUGAUAUGGCUGUGAAUAUCCACUAAUAUUAAUGCGCCUGAGUCAUGGUUAAUGAACGCCACACUGAGAUGGAUGGAUGAAUUACUGUCACCAUUUGUUGGGUCUCCAGGCAGCAGAACUCAUGUCAUGAUGAGGAUGGUGUUAGCAUUGCUCUCCGUGCUGAUGUUGUGCGUGCUACUAAUGGAUGCAACGGUGGCAAGCACUACAGAAUUGGAUCCGUAUAAGGUUCUUGGUGUCACCAGAAGCGCAAGCCAAGCGGAAAUCAAGAAGGUGUACAAACGCCUGGCCAAAGAAUGGCAUCCUGAUAAAAACAAAAAUCCAGAAGCAGAAGACAUGUUCAUCAAGAUUACCAAAUCUUAUGAGAUAUUAUCAAAUGAGGAGAAGAGAGCCACCUACGAUCGCUACGGACAAACGGAUAGCACUCAUCCCUAUAGUCACAGCCACCGCGGGUUCCGGCACUUUCACGACAACUUCUUCUUUGACGAAUCUUUUUUCCAAUUUCCCUUCAACGAUAAGGGCGGCCAAGACUUUGCCGACAGCAAAUACACGUUGCACUUCAACCAGUAUGUGAAUGAAGUGGUGCCUGACAGCUUCCGGAGGCCUUACUUGAUCAAGAUCACCUCGGACUGGUGCUUCAGCUGCAUCCAUAUCGAACCGGUCUGGAAAGAAGCUGUGCAGGAAUUGGAACCUCUAGGGAUUGGAAUUGGUGUGGUUGAUGUUGGUUACGAGCGCCGUUUAGCUAAUCACUUGGGUGCACAUCAAACUCCAUCCAUUCUUGGUGUCGUCAAUAGCAAAGUGACUUUUUUCCACUAUGCUGUUGUAAAGGAGCACCUGAUGCAGUUUGUGGAAGACUUGUUGCCUCAGAGACUGGUCGAAAAGGUAACAGACAAGAACAACCCAGAGUUUCUGAAGAGUUGGCAUGAGCUGAACAAGCCACAUGUUCUCCUGUUUGACCAAGUGCCUUCGGUUCCUCUACUUUAUAAGCUGACGGCAUUUGCAUAUAAGGAUUAUGUGCACUUUGGGUAUGUGGAUCAGGGCCUUUCUGAAACCACUGAUCUGCUCAGAAAAUUCAACAUAAAUACUUAUGCGCCAACAAUGCUUGUCUUCAAAGAGGACGUAGAGAAGCCUGCAGACAUUAUACAGGCCAAAGGGAUGAAGAAACAGAUAAUAGAUGAGUUCAUCUCCAACAACAAGUUCCUUCUAGCCCCUCGUCUAGUGAACCAGAAGCUAUUUGAUGAGCUUUGUCCUGUCAAACAGUUCCAUCGACGCAGGAAAUUUUGUGUUAUGCUCAUUACUGGUGAAGAAGAGUCCUAUGCCACAGGAAAUGAAGCCUUCCUCUCUCUAGCCUCUGCUAACACCAAUGACGUGCUCCGGUUUGCAUACGUCUACCAGCGACAUCAGCAACCACUAUGUGACAUUCUCUUAAAAAACAAAGACGGUGCACAACAGGUGGUGAUUUUGGAGAGGCGUAAUGGUGCUGGUAAAGUCCUGUAUAAGCCAGUGCUGGGAGGAUGGAAUGGCAGUAAGGAAGACAAACACAAGCUCUUGGAGGAACUAGAAAGACUGCAGAAAGAUCCAUCUAUCCUCAAAUAUGAUGCCAUCCUGCCCAAGCUUAACAAUGAAUUCGCCUCGAUGUUUUUAAUCAGAUGGAUUCACACAGCAUAUGACUACUUGUCUCAACUUAUUGAUGAUCUUCUUCACAAUAACUGGCGUGAGAUGAUGCCCCUUUUGUCUUUGAUAUUCUCUGCACUCUUCAUUUUAUUUGGCACUGUAAUAAUUCAGGCUUUCAGUGAUUCAAGUGAGGAAAAACAGCCCAAAUCAAAAGCAAACGAGUCAUCCAAGAGCGAGAAUGGAUCAUCAAGCACCUCUAACACAUCCAGCAGUCGCCCACCGAGGAAGAGCUUUGUGGAAGUGACAGAGUUGACUGAUAUCACAUACACCAGUAAUCUGGUGAAGCUGAGGCCAGGUCAUAUCAAUGUUGUCCUGGUUCUUACUGAUGCAACCAAGAACAUCCUGCUUAGCAAGUUUGCCAAAGAGGUUUAUUCAUUCACCGGGAGUUUGACAUUCCACUUCUCCUUUCUAAAUGUGGAUAAACACAACCAAUGGAUGGCAGCCGUGCUUGAGUACGCCCAGGACGCCAUGCAGAUCGACACGGACGAAGACGAUUUGGCCAGCCGCAAAGUAGACUACACAGGCUAUGUCCUGGCCCUCAAUGGCCACAAGAAAUACCUGUGUCUUUUCAAGCCAGUCUACACAGGUGAAGACCUGGAAAGCAAACUGGAGGAGGAAGGAGGAGGUUCGAGGUCCAGAAAGGGCAUGAUGCGGUCUCGGUCCACAACUCUUCAGAUCCACCACAAACUGGACCGACUCGGGCUUUGGAUGGAGCGACUACUGGAAGGGACACUGCCCAGGUACUACGUCCCAGCCUGGCCCGGUCUAGACAAGAUAACGGUCAAUAAAUAGAGUAUGAUGGGAGCUGACAUGCUUUUGCUAGUGCCAAUAACAUCUCUGGUUUAAUUUGAAGCACUGAAGUCCUGUUGAUGCACAGCCAGGCGUGAUGCUGCACAAAGUGCAGCUGUACUUUUUAUGUUCUUAAGUCGAAUAUAUGAAAUAAGACUUUGCAAAAGGCCUCUCUGUGGAAGGGUUACAUUUGCAUAAACAUUUUGGAGACACUUUCAUCUAGGGGUGCGUUCCCCAAAAGCAUCGUUAGCCAACUAUGGUUGCAAGUUCCUUCGUUACCAACAUAGUUCAAUGAUUUUGUGUCUUUUGAAACUGUAGUUCCAACGAACAUUUGCAAACAGCAUCGCACAGUUGUGUGGUUGGAACUACAGCUCUCCACCUGUGGUUAGAAGCAUAGUUUCUAAAAAGCUCUUUAUCACACAUGGUUCAUGUCAGAGAACACAGCUUUUAUGUGUUUAUGUUAACGCAUAAGUGGCGUUUAUAUGUUUUUGAAAAGUGCGCAUGUGCUCAAGUACGUCGGGGGAUCCCUGAAGUCUGAUGUAGAGGGAAACCCUACUAUUGCAAUGCAAUGCAUCUGUAGCUUUACACAGUACAUGCUGCUUUCAUGUCUUCUGCAGCUUUCUUGCAUUAAACAUCUUUCUGGUGUACGUCUAAAUGAGCUAUUAUAAAUUGAUAUUUGCAUAAGUUAUUACUCCACCCCCUGCGUAACGUCAUUAAGGACAGCUCUAUUUUGUUGAACCAACGUGGUUCGAACGAUGGAUGUGUGACAUAGUUUCUACAGUUUCGGGAAACAGUCUAGUUAAUUUCUCCAACGAUGCAUCAUACUAUAGUGGUUAAGCAGCACCUCAGAGCGACUUUAGGCCAAAGUAUACUUUGGUUUUCCGCGUGCCGCUACUUAUCGCGCAGUUAAUAUAAUGCAAAUUUUGUACCGUCCACGUGCAACUCGGUUGUUCUAGACACGAGUACAGUCCGCAUCUGUGCGCAUGAUUCAUACUAGCGGCUGCCGUUAAUUGUACUAAAGAGAAUUGCAAAGGAGUCGUGCGCAUGCGCCAAAUGCAUCUGAAUGGGCUUACGUUCAAAAGAGUGUACUUUGAACGGCUCAGCGUUCGACUGUGAUGUUGAGCGCUCAGCAGUAAUGUCGAGCACUCAGAUGUAACAUCACGUGGAAAAACAAAGUAAACCCUAGCUUUAGAGUGCAUUGAAGCUCAGUCUGUGCAUUCCAUGGGAGUCAAACCCAUGACCUUGCCUUUGCUAACAUGCUGUUCUACCUGUUAAGCUACAGGGACGUGCUACAGCUAAAAGUUACUCUUCACAUAUUAUUGUCAUCUUUACUUAAAAAGAAUUGUGGAAGGAAGAAUAACCAAUUCCACAAAUUUAAUGCUGUUUGAAGUACUUGAAUCGAUGCUGACAUUGUUAAUGACUUGAUGGAAACAUUUUAUGUCAUCCAACUGCAGUACUGUUAGCCAAUUUAGCUGCUCUAAUGGAGGCCUUUACAGUCAGUUUGGGUCUUCAUUAUUUAUUUCAAAAGGCUGUUGGUUGAGGCUGAGUAUAUUAAAACAGCUAGCCUAGCUUUCAGUUUCAUAUCUUUUGCUUUAUAAAUCUUUUUGUUCUACGAACAUUGCAACAUGCUGCUAGUUCUAAAAUAGCCUUCAAAAUGUAGCAUAACUUGAUCACUGUAGAAACAUUUGCUCAAACAUGUCGUAACUAUGUUUACUCAUAGCAAUGCUCUGAUUUUUUCCUUUCACAAAUAUAAUUUACUUAAUUUAAGCCCUCUUAUUAGGGCUGCACAAUUAUAAAUAAUCGAGAUUACAGUUACAGCUGCCACAGUGAACUAAUCAUGAAAAGUGUCAGUUAUAGCAGUUCAUGUCGGUCUACUUAAUUUUCAAUUUAAUGUGUGUUUUUGUUAUGGUUGAGCAUUGUAACCAAUCAGAAAUCCUUUGCCCACUUCUGUAUACAGUUUUGUUUUUCAUGCUGCUAAGAGGGUCAGUGUGAAGUUGGCGUAGUCUUCAUUUACUGAGAAAACAGCUAUAAAGUAAUUCAGAAAUACUUCUUAACUUGUUUUGUAAAUUGUAUUAAUUGAAAUUGUUACCAAUUACAAUAUCAAGGGAAAUAAUUGACAAUUAAGAUUUUUUCCUGCCCCCUAUGAAGAAAUUGCACUAUUAUAUAUGCUCAAUUCUUGGCCACAAAGACGUAAAUAUUUCAUAUUUAUUUUAAAUGUCUCUAAAGUAUUUCGAGACAUUUAAUCAAUUUGUUAGUCUUUAAGAACUAUUUAUGGUUAGCUAACCAUUGAAAACACUAUUUUUUAAAAAAUAUAUAUAUCUAUAUAAUUUGAAUAAAUUUAACAUUUUGCUCUUUGUGGAACAUAGUACAUCCGUCAUCUUAAUUUUCAAGAAUUUAUGCUGAUAUAUCCUUUGUUUGAAAAAGCAACUUUAAAAAAUAAGGUUUGUAGCUUUAUAAACGUAUUAUCAGAAAAGAUAUCAAGUAUCUUUCAUUUUAUCACUUUCAGCCCUCUACAUUGCAAGUAAAUCACUCGCAUAUGCGACUAAAGUUUGCACUAUGCAACUAAAACAUGUCUGUAAUUAACCACUGGCUAGUAAACAUUCAGAUUUCACUCGCCAGUGAUUGAGUUGUGUGGUGGUGAAGAAGAUCUUCAGCGCCAAGAACCUUUCACUGCAUGAUGUGUCUCAAAUGUGCACUCUGAAGGAAAUUGACCUUAUUUGGCUGCAGUGGGUCCUGAAGUGUCGUGGGUAAAAGUAAAUGGUGUUGCCAAAACUUGAGAGCAUGUAGACUUGAAUUUGAGAGCUUGUACAAUAACUGUUUGUACACGCAGGUCAAUACAACCCUUACAAAAAUCGAAACUAGCCGCAUAUUUGCUGCUCAUUAUUUUCACAUGCAAAUGUGCUUGUGAUUUGCCGCAAAUGUUUGCCAGAAGUUUGCAGCUCUUCAACAGUGGUGGUGAACCUCCGGCAAACCUUUGGCAACAGUGGAAAAUGUGCCGCAAGUGUGCUGCAAAGCUAAUUUGCAUGUGAAAAUUAUCAGUGGCGAAUUUGCAGCAAGUUUGUGGCCAUGAACUCUUCAUUUUUGUAAGGGACAAUAUGCAAGUUAAGUUUGGUUUGACUAGUUCUGUGAAAUGUGUGUCCAAAGAUGAGAUCCAAACACUCCAUUUUCAUUCCACAAUGUCUCUUUUAAUAUCCUUUCUGUUGUUUACAGUCAGUUGUUGUUCAAAAAGUAAAAAGAAACAAACAUCUGCGCAACUUCUCUCGUUGAUGUGCAUUUAUUCAACCGUAAACAUUUGCUUGCGGAGCUGCCGGUUCUCUUAAAGAGACAACACCAUUUUAGUGCCUGUUAUAUAUAUCAAUGUAAAUACUUGUAAAUCGUAUAAAUUAUGCAAAUAUAAAAAACAUAUAUCAAAAUGCAGUAAGUGCAAUAAAUGUGGAAAUAUUAAAGGGGCAAUUAUACAUUAUGGAAUAUUUGAACUUCAACAAACACUGUAAAUAUUGAAGAAUUUAACAAAUAGGCUCUUGCAGCACCUAUGCAGGGGUUUGGUAAAAAUCUGUGCAAAGCCUUGCCACAUAAACCUUUUUUUUUUCAUAGUAAAUGUUGUACAUAGUAAAUUUGAUAUUGUAGCACUUAAAUGUUACGUGUGGAAUUAUAUUUUUAUUAUUAGGUUCCAACCUUGAGAAUAUUUUGGGCCCUAUUUUAAGAGCACUAGCGCUAAGCGCAUCGCUAUGCUAUAAUUCAUAAGUGCAAAGUCAGUGGGCAUGGCCUUUAAGUUUUGGGAUUUUCUUCAAUGCGCAGUUGGGUUUGGUAAAAUCGCCCGCACAACGUGCAAAUGGGCUGGAUCAAGUGGCAUUUAAUUCUGAUGUUCUUUUCGGGGUUUCCCACCAUCUGCGUCCUAUUAAAUAGUAUUAAAUGUGUAUUCUGUAUUGACUUAUUUGGUAUUUUUGUAUAAUUCCCUCAUACUUUGCAAUCUAUAUCACCUGAAGCUGUUUGGAAAGUUUAGAGUGCAGCUGGACUGUGAGCUGUGUUUUCUUCCUCUCCUCAGUCAGGUGCGAACUGCAGUGCUGCUCUCGCGCGUCAUCAUUAGAGCUUCAUAUGAGAUCAAACGACUAUUCGACAACGAAAAAAUUUGUCGGAAUGUUUUUUUUGUUGUCAAUAACGUCGACUAAUCAUUUCAGCCCUAAUUUAUACACAGUAAUAAUAAUUGAAAAAUAAACCUUGACCUACAGUAUAUAUAGUUUAACAAAAAUGUCAAAGUUUUGUUUCAUAUAAGACGACUACAUCUCUAAUUGUCAGGGGCAUCUUUUAUGUACCACAAUAUUUUCAGAGCUUUAACUAAAGCCAAACUACAAAUGCAGGAGUUUAAACUUUGUGCUGAGUUAAGAUGUGGUUUUCAAACGUCUUAGCGCAAUGACCUAUUUCUCAGGAAAAUAGCAAAUUGCGCUUUGCGCCACUUCGCUGCACAUUGUACGCUCAUGAAAAUAGAGUACUUUUUGUUACAAAUGUGUAUGAAGUUUAAAACAGUGACAACAGCUUGUAUCAUUAUUAUAAUUUUAAUUUCAUGACAUCAUAUUGUGACGAGGAGGAGGGCGUGGCCGGGCCGAGAGAAUUCCUGCCAGGUGCUGAGUUGCCCAAUCAGCGGGAGAGAGAUAAAAGGAGGAUCUGGGGACACCAGAGAGAGAGAGACACAGACGCACGCAGCAGUGUUUUGUGUGUGCGCUUUUGUUAUGAUUCAGUUCAGUGUUUUAUGUUGAAUUAAAGUCUUCCUCCUUUCCCAAUAAAUGAGAGGCUUGUCUGCCAUACUGGUACCGAAACUUGGGACUGGAGGAAGAUGCACUGCCAAAGAGCCUUCGCCGCUGACGGAGGAUUGCGACGCUGAGGAGAGGAGUGAUUCGAUGGUAUUGGAGCAGUCUGCCAGAAGACGGAGGAGCGGCUGCCAUCCGCCAGGAAGCGGAGGAGCCAUUGCCAUCCGCCAGGGGACGGAGGAGUCGCUGCCGUAUGCCGGAAGGUGGAGGAACUGCUGCCAUCCGCCAGGAAGCAGAUGAGCUGUUGCCAUCCGCCAGGGGAUGGAGGACCUGCUGCCGUCCGCCGGAGGAACCGCUGCCAUCCACCAGGAGGUGAAAUCCAGUGCCGUCACCCGGCAUCAUGGAGGAUCGCUGGACAGCUGGCUGAGGACCGAAUGGUGGCGUGGUAGGGAACCCGAGUUUUUUUUUCUUCUUCUCUCUCUCUCCCGCUAUAUCUCUUCCCUCCCCUCCCCUCGUCCAAUCCAGGUACCCAGAAGGCGGGGAAGACCAGCCAGCGACGGAAUGGCCAAAAGGGCAACUCCUCCCCUCCAGGAAGGGAGCGGGAGGAGUAAGUCAGACCGGAGGUUUCCCUGGCCUGAAUCGGCGGUGGGGGUAUGUGACAAAGAGGAGGGCGUGGCCAGGCCGUGAGGAUUCAUGCUCGGCGCUGAGUUGCCCAAUCAGUGGGAGAGAGAUAAAAGGAGGAGCCGGGGACGCCAGAGAGAGAGAGAGAUGCACGCAGCAGUGUUUUGUGUGUGCGCUUUUGUUAUGUUUCAGUUCAGUGUUUUAUGUUGAAUUAAAGUCUUCUUGAUUGUUAAUCCGGUUCCUGCUUCCUCCUUUCCCGAUGAAUGAGAGGCUUGUCUGCCACACAUAUAAACUGAUAGAUUGUGAAAUUUUUAAAAAGCUAAAAUGUGAGUAAAAUGAUGAAAAGCGAAAUAUGAAAUAAAAUAAACACUCAUAUAUGUAGCGCGUAAAGUCAUAUAUAUGAAUACUAUAAACUGUAUGCACCUUCCUGGUUUGCUCUAUAUCCUUUUUAGUUGCAUUAUGCUUACAUGUCGUCAAAAGUCUGCCGAGUAAAAACAAAAAUUUACUAGCCAAAGGCGAUUCUUUCUCCAUCGUGUCUGUAGAGGGUUGUUCAUUUUGUUGUGUAUACUGGGUCAAAUUUCAAAGUUCAUUCUGUUGUUGUGCAUCACUGUCAAAUCGUCCAUAUAAUGUAGAAUAGGAGCCUUCCCUGUGCGAAGUGUAAAUAGUUACAUUUCAAAUAUAUGAUGUGUAAAAAUAUCAAUUGUGUUUGUGAAAUGCUGAAAAUAAAUUUCAAUAUUUAAUUUUAAAGGAUAGUUCACCCGAACAUGAGGAUUUACAACAAAUGGCGCCAGAGUUAUUUUAUAGUUUCCAAUUUUCUUACAUUUUUUUUCAUUGAAAAUGAUGUGCUGUGGUAUGCUAGACAUUCUCAACAGUACAUAAAGAUUAACUAACAAUAUAUACUGUAUCUGAAGAUCUUUUACUAUGCAUUUCACGUUUACUGUAGAAAGCAGUUUGUCACAUAUAAUUUAUGUUGGAUAGUCGAGAUGUGAGAUGUUUCAUUAUGUUAGCUCUCACAGAUGCAAAUAGGAGUUAAAUCGACUCCCAUAUGAAGUCUUCCAUUAUUGACAAUUUUUUAGUGAUGAUUGGUUGGGUUUAUAUUAUAAUAUUGCUUUAUUCAUAUGGUGUGAAUAUCAAAUAUCUUGGCAAAUAUCUUACAUUUAAGAUUCCCAUGACUUAUUGACCAUCUGUAAAUAUAUUUCUGUGCAAAUUGUGAUGUAUAAUAUUAAGACUGUCAUGUUUCAGUACGUAAUGCAUUUUAUUUAUUGCUUUCGAGACCCCUACAAAAAUAAAAUAUUUUGUGUAAAUGUUUAAUUUUUACCCCAAUUAUUCAGACACAUCAAGGUUUUGACAAGAUUUGAAUGUUAUCGUUAUCAGCCAUUGGGACAGUUUGGCAUUAUUUACACAUGAUUAAUAUUCUAUAAUAUUGAUAUUGAUGUACAUAAAUCAAUAUGCUUAUAUCAUGGUGCAAAUUAUUUAGAAAAAGUCUCAGGAUUUUACAACAAACAUCUUAGAAAAAUAAAGUGAUCAGUAGUAUUUCACUUUUGGAAGGACACACAACAUCUCAAAAAGAAGAUUGGCACCAGUCAAAGAAGUGUUUCCUGUAUAAACAAACCCACAGAAUUAGAUUAAAAGGAAUGAGAAAUUAAACAUUCUAUAUUAGUUUUUCCACUAUAAAUGACACUGUACAAACAACUGUUAAUAAUACUGUACCCGUGGUGUCAUAAAUUGGAGCAACUUCUACUAAAUCACAGGCUACAAGAUUAAGACCAUGACAACCUCGAAUUAUCUCUAGACCCUGAAAGCAAAUGUGAAAAUACAAUGACCUUUUAGCAAAACAUCUACUCAAAUCCCUAAAAUAAGGCACAACUUAAAGUAAGCUUUUAACAAACUCUUUAUAACCAAAGGAUAAUAUUAUACAUUUAGGUGCAAAGUCUAAGGGUAUUUAAACUUAAGUCUGGAGAACUUGGCUCCAUCCCCAAUUCUAUCCACAUUUCUAUUUCACAAUUUCAUGACAUGACUGUAUACACAUUACCAGCAUACAGGACUACUUCAUACUCAGAAGUAUGUAUGUUUACUCGGAAGUGUGCUCGUCAUCAAGGGAACACAAAGACAUUGAUUAGCUAGUUAAGGGGCGCUUUAUUAGAGUUUUAAGCUUAAUUUUGCAGGAAGGUGGAUCUCCACGAGCAGGACUGAGUACAAAAGUGUACCAGAAUGGGCGAGUCCUGCAAUCUCAGGUGUUCCUGUGCCUGGAGCGAAUGCAGAGUCCAAACUGUCUAUGUCAAAACUGAGGUAGACCGGCUCAGUACCCAUCUUUGCCUGAACCGCUGUCAUGAGUGGAACAAGAGAUUUGUUCCAGCAUUCCGCAGCCUCCACUACACGGAAACCCUAAGUGCACUGUGUCAAGUUUUGUGCAUUUUAGACCAAAAAGGGAUGAGGCCUUCGAAAAGUUUCACACUCACUUCCUGUUUAAAUAAGAAAUGCACGAAUAUAAGAAGACUGCACUGGUCAAGCAACUUCAUGGGGUCUCAACUUCAUGCUGUAUUCUUAUAUGGAGUAUCUAUUUACACUAAGUGCAAAUAACCCAUCUUGUUGGCAGAGGCUAUUUACACUAACUCUGCCCAUCACUGCUCAGACCAAACUCAAGACAGCCAUGACAGAUUUAUUUGGCAGGCAUAUUUGAAUUUUUCACGAUGGGCAGAGACAUUAAACUGGUUAACGGGUUAGACAUUUAGUGGAUUAAGAGAUUGGAUAACUAAGUGACUAUUUGGGCUCCAAUAGUCUGGUGGAAACACAGGAUUUCAUGACAAACUUCACUCCAAUGUGCAGCUGUAGUAGCUCUGGGUGUAAUGACAGUAUGUCUUGUUAUGCUGGAGAUCAGGGUUCAAAUCCCACUUCUUGGUAUACUUUUUCCCAUGUCUCUACUCUUAAUAUUUCCUAUAAUACUACUUAAUAAUAAUAAAUAAAAGAGAUUCCUCGCAGUGAUUUGUCACAGUGAAGGUCGGGGAGUUGAGAGAAAGAUUUGAUCUGGGAAAAAAAAUCAAUCAUGGUUUUACUGUAGUAAUAUUGUAGUAACCAUGUGUUUUGGUGGAAACUGUAUAGUUCUGAGGUACUUACUGAUGUUCUGGUGUUACUACAGUAACAUGUUGUUAAUAGCAACCAUGUUUAAUUUUGUGGUUACUAUGAUUUUACUAGAAAAAUACCAUGAUGAUACUAUGGUUACUGUAGUAAAACCAUGGUUAAUUUGUGUAAAGUAGGGUUAGGGGUUGGGGUUGGGGUAGGGUGUCUGCAGCAUCUAACGCUAUUUGCACUUAGUGCAAACAAGAUGCUUUUUGUUGCUUUGUACACUUAGUGAAAAUAGCAUCUGUCGCUAUUUGCAUUUAGUGUAAAUAGCAUCCAUCACUAUCUGCACUUGGUGCAAAUAGCCUCUGCCAUUAUUAUAUGAGCAAACAGGCAGUAAUAUUUGCAUAGAUAUUUAAAGAUAUUUUAAAGGUGAGGUGUUUGGUUUUGUUGAUUAAAUGUAUUUUUCCCAUGCCAAAUUAAUGCGCAGAGGCAACUAUUAGUCUGCCAUUCCUAGUUUGACAUCCAAAAGAAAGUUAACGCUGUGGCACUUUCAAAACACUGCAUUACUGCACAUCAAGCCAGCAUACUGUUAUUCUACAGACAUGUGUAGGGUUUAUUUAUUCAAAAUUCAUGAAUGUAUGCAUAAAUGUAAAUGUAGGGUGCUCCUU